AUGAACGCGUUGAAACAAAACUCAUUGCUUUUGAAACUGGUAAAAUUCGGAAGGAUACCUGCUGCUCGAUUGGUAUUGCCUGUCAGAGUGUUGUCAAGAUUUUACCUCACUUCUUCUCCAGCCUCACAUUCAUUAUUGUUCCAAAACUUCCCCGACCGCAAAUCAUCAAUUCUUCGUUACUCAACAAAGACUGCCCCACCACCCCAGCCGCCACAUGAUAAGGAUUUUAAAGGCAAGAGAAUUCUCAACAGAAUCACCCGUGCUUUCACCUUUUCAUUAUCGUCAGUCAUUGUUCUCGGUGCUGCCGCAAUUGCACUUUUGGUCAUUUAUCUUAUACUUUCGGAGUUACUUUUACCUUCAGGAGAUACACGCACAUUCAACAAGGCUGUCAAACUCGUCGAACAAAAUGAGCAAGCACAAAAGGCAUUGCAAUUUUCUGCUGGUGAAAGAUUGAAAGCUUAUGGAAUCGUUGCUGCUGAUAAAUGGGUUCGUAAUAGGCCAGUUCAAAGUUCCAAAGCUAAAGGCAAGGAUGGCAAGGACCACUUGGUAAUGAAGUUCCAAGUCGAGUCGGAUACAGGUAGAAUUGGUGUUGUUACUUUAGAACAAGUGGAUAACUCAUGGUGGAAUACAAAGUUUGAGUAUAUGGCAUUGGAUGUGAGAGGCUAUAGAAGAAUAUACAUUAUUGAACCCGAGAGGCCAGAAAUUGCCAGACUUGGCAAAGGAUCGGGAUUUUUGGGUUUAAAUUGGGGACCCAAGAAAGAUUAA